AUGGUCUGUUUGCACAUGCUGAAGUGGACUCUCUAUCUUCUGGCUUAUUUCUCUGGAUCCCAUCCUGCUAUGUACAUCUUACAAUUCCUCCAGUGCUUCGGUAUCCCAAAGAGAACAAGUGUCACAACAACAAAGACCCCUGGUACACAGAAAAUGAUGAUUUUACGCAGCAAAUGCUCCAUUGUCAGCGUACCUCCGGAUUUGGAAAAAAGCAUGGAGUUUUCCAGGCCCGGAAAGGUGGAUGCUGCCCGGUCUCAAGUCGUCAAAGUGUGGUCCAUCAACUACACUUUCAUUGAGGGAUUCAAAAAACCAUUUAUUGAUACCUUGGAAAUUGAAAUGGCAUUUGAUGGGGCGAAGACUGUGAUGAAAACCAAGACGUAUACCGAUGUGAUUGGGAUGGAUGGAGGCAAGGAUGCAGUGGCAGAAUUUGGGCCUGUUUUUUUAUAA